AAAAAACGUGGAAUAGUUGAAGAAACAAAACGUGGACUUGUUUAACAGGGCCAUAUGUUCAUGUGCUUGGAACAGUUAUCUGCGGUUUUGUUCAACUCCAAUCAGUGAAUCUUCUAAAAUAAACAUUGGGUUUCUCUUACAAAAUCCCAAAAAUAAGACCAAAAAAAAAACCCAUUCAAGAAAAUCUCAGUUCCACUUCAUCUCGAUUCUAUUCUUGCUUCUCGAUUUGCUGUUGAAUGAUGGAUUUCAGUAGUAUGGAUCGUGGACAGAUUACCCUAUUGGGGUGUGGAUUCUGUGUGCUGCUUUCACUGCAUUUUACAGUGCAGCUUUUAUCUCAACAUAUUUUUUACUGGAAAAACCCAAAGGAACAGAAGGCCAUAAUAAUUAUCAUCCUUAUGGCUCCCAUAUAUGCUGCUGAUUCCUACGUGGGUUUGUUGGAUAUCCAGGGGAGUAAAGCAUUCUUCACGUUUUUGGAUUCAGUUAAGGAAUGCUAUGAGGCUUUGGUAAUUGCCAAGUUCUUGGCAUUGAUGUAUAGUUACCUGAAAAUAUCCAUUAGCAAAAAUAUUGUGCCAGAUGAGGUCAAAGGAAGAGAAAUUCACCAUUCCUUCCCAAUGACACUUUUUGUGCCUCGCACAGCACGGCUAGACCACCGUAAUUUAGUGCUCCUCAAACACUGGACAUGGCAAUUUGUCAUCAUUCGCCCAAUAUGUUCCAUCUUGAUGAUAACACUGCAAAUGCUUGGGAUUUACCCUAGUUGGUUGAGUUGGACAUUCACCAUUAUCCUUAACAUUUCGGUUUCAGUGGCUCUGUAUUCUCUGGUGUUGUUUUACCAUGUGUUUGCAAAAGAAUUGGCACCACACAAGCCUCUUGCAAAGUUCCUAUGCAUCAAGGGGGUUGUCUUCUUUUGCUUUUGGCAGGGCAUAGUGCUUGAUAUGCUUGUUUCGGCAGGCAUCAUUCGGUCUCAUCAUUUUUGGUUGGAUGUGGAGCACAUUGAAGAAGCUUUUCAGAAUGUCUUGGUAAUUUUGGAGAUGGUUGUCUUCUCUGUUCUCCAACAGUAUGCAUACCAUGUUGCACCUUAUAGUGGAGAAGUGGAAACAAAAAUGCUGAAAAAAAGAGAGUGAUUUGUCCAGAAUUCUAGACCAUGGAGGGGACAUGGCACAACACAUGCUAGGAAAUGCAUUUCCAUAGGUCUGCUCUAUACUUUUAUGUAAUAUGAGGUGUCUACCUAUGUUAAUGCGCCCUCCACCCACUUUUCCUCUUUAGCUUCUUUGGUUAGAUGGCCAUGCUGAAGAAGAUAUAAUAAAUGUUGCUGUAUUGUCUAUUCUAUACAAUUUUGUUGAUGAUUACCAGAAACUUCAAUGCAAAAAACUUGGCAGACUGCGAA